AUGACUGAUAUAACUGAAUUCGAAAAUAACUUUGAUGACCUCUUGCAAAAACCGGCAAGCAAUAAUAUAUCCGAGACCUUGAGCAAUGUAGACGUGUCUAAUCCAUUUCAGGACGCAGUCUCACUUUUGAUUGCGCCAAUAAGUCCUUUAACUGAUGUUAAUGGCAAUGGUACACACGAUUUAUAUAUCGAGCCUCCUCUGAACAAUCCAUUAAACGAUAGCCUGAUCUCCUCCGAACCGGAAGUGCAAAGUAUAGAGAUCAGGUUUGAUGAAGAAAGGGAUUACGAAGAAGUUGAUGUAUCAUCCUUUAAUGGGAUAGAUGCUAUUUCAAUUUCGUCAGAGGGUCACGUUCAUGAAAUUAGCAAUAGUGACGAGUCUUUUGACGAAGAAAGUAUUAUUGGAAAAGAAUCGCAUGUACAUCAAGAUGAAUCAAAAGGUGUAUUAAAAUCAUUAGGUGAAGCAGUGUCAAACGCUACCACAUUCAGCAAAUUUGUAGAAACAGAUGAAAAUCGAAAAAAUCAGUUGGACAUACUGGAUUUUCAAUUGAAGGCGUUACUUAAAUCAGUUGAAACCGUUGUUAAACAACGCAAAGCAAACAAUCUAAUGACAUUAGGAAACUUGCAACGAAAUAUUAAGGAAUUACAUGAAAAACAGAUUUAUCAGACAUGGCAGAAUGCUGUAUACGAUUUACAAAAGAAAAAGGCGACCUAUGAAAGACUGAAAAUUCAAGGAAAGAUGAACCAAGACAAACUAUCGAUCAUGUUGGCGCAAAUUGCUGAGUCUGAACAUCGUGUGGAAGAUUGUAAGCACGAAUUUGAAGAUGUCUCUAAACUUAUUAAGGCUGAAUUGGAUCGAUUUGACAAAGAGAAGGUAGAAGAUUUUAAGAAUAGCGUUGAAGCUUUUUUGGAAUCAAUGGUGCAAACACAAAAAGAG